GUGUUCCUGCGCGCCAUCCGGAUGGCGGACAAGGACGAGAAUCUGAAGGUCCGUGUCGCUAACCUGAUCGACGCCAUCACCUACGCCGUGUUCAUCUACACCAGCCGGGGACUGUUCGAACGGGACAAGCUCAUCUUCACGUCACAAGUGGCCUUCCUGGUAUUGCUGAUGAAGAAGGAGAUCAACCCGACUGAACUGGACUUCUUGUUGCGGUUCCCAGCCAGACCGAACUGUAAGAGCCCGGUGGACUUCCUAAACGACCUGUCUUGGGGAGGGAUAAAGGCCCUGGCAGACAUGGACGAAUUCAGGAAUCUCGACCGUGACAUCGAAGGGUCUGCCAAACGUUGGAAGAAGUUCGUGGAAAGCGAGUGUCCCGAAAAGGAGAAGUUCCCCCAGGAGUGGAAGAACAAGUCUGCCCUGCAGAAACUGUGCAUGAUGAGGGCCUUCCGUCCGGACAGGAUGACCUACGCUACAAGAAAUUUCGUGGAAGAAAAGCUGGGAAGCAAGUACGUGGAGGGCAGGACGAUGGAGUUUGCCAAGUCGUGGGAGGAGAGCGGCAUCGGCACCCCGAUCUUCUUCAUCCUCUCCCCCGGUGUCGACCCCCUGAAGGAUGUGGAGGCCCUGGGGAAGAAGAUGGGCUUCACGUGGGACUCAGGGAAGUUCCACAACGUGUCCCUGGGGCAGGGCCAGGAGAUAGUAGCUGAGAAGGCCCUGGAUAUGGCGUCCGAGCAAGGCCACUGGGUCGUCCUUCAGAACAUCCAUUUGGUGGCCAAAUGGCUGGCAACUCUGGACAAGAAGCUGGAGAAGUACAGCGAGGGCAGUCAUGAGGACUACCGGGUGUACAUCUCAGCCGAGCCGGCUCCAACUGUGGAGGCUCACAAUAUCCCUCAGGGCAUUCUGGAGGCCUCCAUCAAGAUCACCAACGAGCCCCCUACCGGCAUGUAUGCUAACCUGCACAAGGCUCUGGAUAACUUCGACCAGGAUACCCUGGAGAUGUGUGCCCGAGAGAACGAGUUCAAGUCGAUCCUGUUCAACCUGUGUUACUUCCACGCCGUUGUGGGUGAGCGGCGCAAGUUCGGGCCGCAGGGAUGGAACCGGCCCUACCCGUUCAACGUCGGCGAUCUCACCAUCUCCUGUAACGUCCUCUUCAACUACCUGGAGGCGAACACCAAG